AUGUGGAUACCAUCUUCAGCAGGUGUGCUAUUGCUCGCCAGCGCAGCAGAAGCGUACCUGGUCCCCCACCCAACCGGAAAAUACAACGUCUCUCUGACCACGGGUCCUCUUACCGACCAUACUCGCAAGGAAAAUAAUCCUGCAAAUGCAGGCCCUCGCACAUUGAUGCUCUCCAUCUUCGAACCUGCGGCAUGCGCGGCCACGGUGCCCGUGGAGUACUUGCCCAACAAGACUGCCGACUUCCAAGGACCAUUCCUCCAACAGAUCCUCAACACGACUCUCAACGUAACGCCUCUGUUCAAGGAAGCUCGCCUGCCAGUUUGUCCAAUCCGUAACAGCAGCUGCAGAAACGCGGAUGACUUUCCCAUUGUCCUCUUCUCCCCUGGCUACAGCAUCCCGCGUCUCUACUACAACUUCAUGGCCUCUGCAAUCGCCAGUGAAGGCUUCAUGGUGAUCACAACCGACCACCCAGGCGACUCAAACUUCAUCACCUAUCCCAACGGCGACACAAGCAUCAGCAACGACACCGUACAGGGUCCCGAGAAUAUCCUGGCAAGGCUACACCCACGUAUCGAUGAUGUAUCCUUCCUGCUGGACCAGCUGAGCAACGUCACCUCGGUUGCCGAGUUGCUGCCCCAUCGUGGACCCAGACCUUUACCGACUGACCGCGUCGCCAUGGCGGGACACUCUUUAGGUGGCAUUGCAGCCGUGCUCGCAGCCGAGCAGGAUGAACGUCUUCGCGGGGCGAUCAACUGGGACGGCAAUAUGCUCGAGAUCCCCUCCGAUUGUGGCGUGUCGCAACCUGUGCUGCUCAUGAGCAAAGGAUUUCUCUUUCCCAGCUGGGACGAGAUGCUCCACUUCAGAUGCAAAUGA